AUGGAUGCUCAUGAUGGCAAUGUCUUUCUGCAUGACGGUCUCUACUAUUAUUAUGGUGCAAGUUACGGCCUAUGCAAAGAACCGUCGGGUCCAUCAGGUUGUACUGUAUGGCACACAGGCGGAUGCGGUUUCCAACUCAAUCAUAAUGUUAGUCUUUAUACUUCGACGGAUCUCUCCGAAUGGACAUUUCGUGGAUAUGUCUUUCAAAUGUCUUCAAUGAAGACUCAAGGAAUAAUGUUUGGCCCUCGCGUUUUACCAAACCCAAAGACGAAGAAAUGGGUUAUGUGGUUUAACUUUCUGCCAGCUACAGGUACAGGUGUCUCUCAGUCGCAGUGUGCUGUUGCUGUAUCGGAUACACCACAAGGUCCCUUUCAACUGGUUACUGACAAGGUUACUACUCUAGCAUGGGAAAAUACGGGAGAUCUGAAUCUCUUUCAAGAUGAUAACGGAGAUGCGUACAUCAUUUAUAAUUCGCAUAUUGAUGCAAGUAUUUACAAACCAGAUCAUUUAAUGUCUGUGGAGAAACUGUCUGAUGACUAUCUCAGUUCACUAGGUAGAACAUUUAAUAGUGGAUAUUUUGGUGAGACCUUUGUCGAAGGUGGUGCAAUGUUCAAACGCAAUGGAACCUACUACACAGUAUUCGGUCAGUGUUGUUGUUAUUGUGCCGAAGGUGCUUCUGUCACUGUGUAUAUUUCUUCGUCUCCUCUUGGUCCUUUUAAAACAAUGAAUAAUCUAGGAAAUGAAGGUCAUGCUCAACUGUAUAAUAUCUUACAGUUUAAAACUACUGAAGACAAAGGUUAUGGAUACUUGUGGCAAGGUAAUAAGUGGCAAAGUUCUCCGGAUGGUGCCAAAGGACAUGAUUUUACCUAUUGGUCGCCGCUGUCUUUUGAUCAGGAUGGCAAUGUGAAGUAUAUGAACUAUACUGCUAAUUUUACCAUUGAUGUAAUUUUCGAUAUUCAUUAA